UGCAACACCUUGGUCUCCCUGGUUUCUCCUGGCCUGCUGGCUUCAUUUUGCGCUAUAAAACCCUCGGCUCAAGCUCAUCGAUACCCUUUCGCGUCCACCAUCAGAAUCCCCGCUGCGUAGGGAGAUGGCGUCGGUCAGGUGACCCAUGUUCUGUCUGGCCUCACCUGCAUCGGACUCGACUUUUGAUUUCAGAGAGUUGGGCGGUUCCAUAUGCCUUAAGUCUUUGGAAAUGAAGUCGCGAUUGGAUUUGGAGCAUUUCUUUGCUAUUUCCAAGAGCAGCGGAGGCUCUCCCUCAGGGUCGCAAUAGAAACAUGGACUUUCCCGGAGGAUCCAUCACCAACGUGCGAGUCAUCGAUGGAUUCUCCAACAUACACUGGAGAAUUUAUACGGACGAACAUGCUGUCUCUAGCUUGCCACCUGAGGCUCCGGCCAAUGGUUACACAAUUCUUAAACAUCUUAGUCGUCUCAAAGACCUUGAGCUUCAGUUGAAGAACCUCGGUUGCCUGGUGUCAUCUUAUCCUAGAAGACUUGGCCUUUGGCUCUUUUCGGCUACUCCUGGCUUUGAGAGCGUGAGUUCUCUAUCUCUUAACGGAAGCGGGGGGAACUCGACCAGACUUCUUGUCGGCUCUACUACACUAAAGCUUUCGGCAUCUGGUAGUAUUACAUCAGCAGAACUAGUGAAGAACCUCUCAGACCCUCAGGCUUCCAGUGCAAGCACUGUAGGGUCUCAGAAACCACAGAACGGGUCUACAUUACCUAGACGGAUGGAUAACUACGGCAGCUCCGCUGCAAUUUAUGCGUCUUUUAUUUCCGCUAUUACCGGUGCUAUCAACUUCAAAUUUGUUCGGCUUCACAAUGCACUGCCGUUGGGGUCCCGGACUCUAUUCACUGCUGUUGAAAGAGAUGGCUUUGAGAGUCCUAGGGUUGUCAAUGACAGUCCGGUCUCUAUGCCCGCUCUAACCACCCUUCAGAUUCAACUAACUCCUGUUGGGAAACUGAUCGUUUCCAUGCAAACAAUAGCGCAAACUGGACUCUCGCGGCUCUGGGAACCUGGGGACCUGGUUUCCGAACUUUCAGAUUUGCAGCCUAAUAUUGAUCUAUGGUUGUGUCCGAAUGGAUCGAUUGCGCGACUGGUUUCCGCGAACGUGGAUAAUCCGGAUUUGUCUUCUCCAAGUUCACCAAGUGGCUGCAGCGGUGUACAGGAAACUUCUGCAAGACUGUUUACAGCGAAUCGCAAACAGUGGAAGUCGAAUGUUCUAGAGUGGUUAACGAACUUUGGCUUAUCUACUGACACUGUCGAAGACGAACCUUGGGUGGAAAUCGAGGUUUGCGAGUUCUUCUACGCCCGUUUGGCUGGGGAAAUAUCUCGGAGGAGCGAGGACACCCCUGCACUUCCACUGAAGCGAUUUCUCUGGCCCGCUAGGUAUUGUUUUGCGAGGUCGACGCCAAUUCCACCAGAGACACCCUCUAAUCGGCAGUCCAUUUUCUCGCCCUGUAAUAACCCAUUAGAAUUCGCUGAGCAAUGGUAUCUGGCAGCAAGCUCUAAGUGCGAGGAUGCUGGUUCCGAAAUCCUCUCAGGUUCUCGGAAACAACAGCAGCAACCAAACGGGCAAGGGAUGUCACCCUUGCGGCCAGAGUCUCUUGAAGAAAUUGAAAGCCUUUCCCGACUAGCACAAUAUCCAGACCUUCAGACCGCAAGUCUCGUGUAUCCAACACCGCCAGACGGAGCAGUGGGGCUGAACUACAAAAGCUCUUUGGACGCCUUUAUGGAAGAUCCUGGCACUGAUUCUCUUCAGCCCGAUGGCCGAAAUGUGCAAAAAUCCGAUCAAGCACAAUUUUCCGAAGACCCUGAGCCUAACCUGACAAUGGACUUUGGCCCGGCCGCAGGGCUCACUGUGGGCUCUGGAUUAUAUGAUACGAGUGGCGAUGACGAUCUCUUUGGUGAAAUGAAUGAUAAAGACUUCGGAUCCAAAGGGAUAACUGACGCGGAUUUCAGCUUCUUUGAUGACCCUGAAUUAGGAAUUAUGGAGGGCCGUACGGAACUCGGAGGCACAGAAGCCGGGGAGAUCAACGAGUCAACUGAGCAUGCGAUCGAUCCACCUGAGGUGGCUCAAGUACCGUCUUCUAUUGACGAGAAGACCCCCAAAAGUUAUCCAGCAAACGACCUUGAAACCCCUAUGGCGAAUAUUGAAUUCCACGAGUCCUUUUUAUCCAGCCCGUUUGGUAAACCCACAAGUGUCCAUGAGAACCAGGCUUGCCUGAUUGAUGCACCACCCUCACCUCAUCGUGAAAAUAGCCAGACUAUAAGCCCCCCUCUUAGCCCUCUGGAAAUCAAGAGGAUACUAUUUUCUGGAGCCGCUCAAAGUGACCAUUUUUCAGUUAAAGAGGGUCGGAGGCAAGGUGACUACAAUCCAGUCCCCUUCAAGCAGAACCUCAACGAGUGGAAUCAGAAGUAUGGAACAGAUGGUCGAUUUUCUUUCUCAGCUGCAAGUGCUACUACUGCUCAAGAUCCCGGCGGUUCUGCGAGCGAUAUUCCUACAAUUGGUCUUCGUCAUCGUGGUAGGAAGGUCACAUCUUCGCUUGACGGUGUCUUAAACCCAGCAAACAGAAAUGACAACGAUCUAGAUGGCAUGGUGCGACAAUUACGUUCAACUUCUGUUUCGAGCGAUGAUAGCGAUGAGACGACCCCGGAGCCGCAUUCGUCUUCAGGCAGUCUUAGAGUUCUAAAAAGGAAGCGGUCUCUUUCCGAUCCUGGCGACUCAAUGCCCUCGCCUUCAGAGAAGCCUAUGGUGAUUCCGAACUUAUGCAGCACUCCUUCCAAGGCCGAAAUCUCGGUGUUUCUGGGAAACUUCGUUUCGAUUUUCUCUGACUGGUCAUUAACGGGCUAUUUCUCAUUUCCACAAGCUCGCCUCUCACCUGUGCUUCCUGGAAAGGAGGAGUAUGUUCGAAUCGCACAACUGUUAGUUGAUCAGCUCACACUGUCGUCCCUCAACCAUAAGAUUCAUGGUAGGAUGGGGCUUUCGGAUAUUGAGAAAGAUUUUUUCUCCCUACCGACUUUCCUCGACGACGCCAACUUCGUGGGUGAGACCGAAAGGCUUCAUCUGAAAGACUAUGUCUCACUCCAGGACAACGAGUUUCCAUUUCCUUCUAGUGGAAGUUCGCAGCCCGAAACACCCAGACAUAGAGAGUCUGGGAAUGGUUCUUUAUUAAAAUUACCUCCUCCUCAUCUACGCAUCCGCCGUGGGAGAGACUUCCUAGAAGUCUUACCACCUGCAAUUUGGUUUUGGGAGACAUUCGGCCUAGAACCUGCGCAUGGUACUAAGGACAUUUCAGCAUACUGUAUCCAUCCUCAUCUUGCUGGCGAGGCGGCAGAUGUAUUCUUAGACCGGCUAGGCUUGCAGUACUCAAACUGUGGUCUUGGUAAACAUGUACGGGGAAAGGCAUCCAAAGCGUUCGAACGUGCGCUAGUACCAUGGAGCGUCAAAGCAUCCGACGCAUCCGGGUAUUUCUCUGCUUUGCGGUCAUUGAAGGCUCUAUGCGACAACCUUGGGUCCUUAUUCUCGCAAAACCAGCCCGUCGGGGACAACGUCGUCGUGUACAUAAUCAAUCCAUUCAAUCAUGGUACUGCGUUGGCCGAUAUCUGCUCGGCCUUCUUGCAGUUACUCCAAAAAUACCUCACCGGCGUUGACCGGCGUCAAACUCCACGGAUGAGUGAAAUUGUAUUACAGGUCAUUCCUUUGGAAUUCGUCACAUCAGCGGGUUCUAUAGUAGUUCCAACGCAGACGGAGUAUAUGAAUCUAGCCUUGGAGGUAUACAGUCGAUGUGCCGCACGGAACUCCGCCUCGAAUGUUUUGAGCUCUGCGCCGCCUGUGCUCCUUGUGGAGCCAAUUCUGACGGCUAUUAACUUUAGGCUUACCUCUGAGAGGACAUCGCCCCUUCGGGAAGGGAAAUGCCUUCAUCUGGCGUACUCUAGGAGCUUGGAUCAGCGUUGGAUAACAGUAGCCUGGAGCGACAAUACUGGUUCCUUCCAAAGGACAAUGUCAUACUGCCUACGCUUCCGGAACCAGAAAGCGACUCGCUCUAUCUCUGAUGUGCGAAAUGAAAUAUGGGGGACCACAAAGGGUAUUAUGGAAAAGAUUCAAGCACAGUGGAGGUUCAUGCUCGCGCUUACCGAGCCUGUGGAUCAGGACGAGGUUGAGGCAUGGACGAGCUUGGUCGAACAACACAACAAGAUUCACACGGUCCCUUUGGAACUGAUAAUAUUAAAUGUCAACGCCACACCCGAUUUAUAUCUCGAACCUCCGCCCCAGCCCAUGCCAAUCAACAUGUUCAAUCCUCAGACAUCAUCCCCGUACGCCUCAACACCAAAUCCCAGUGGUUCUGUUUCUUCACCAGAGCAAUAUGGAAAUGCAGCGACACCAACUAGUGGUGUCAACAUUAUGGUGAACCCUGCCACCCCAACCGAAUUUCCGUUGGAGAUAGAUUCCGAAUCUCAGCUUACGGACAUCUGCGAUGAGUCUUGGGCAGUUAUAUUGUCUCAUCGCUUAAACAACUCUCCACAUUUGACAGAAUACAAGCCUUCACUGGCUAGCGGAUACCUCCUUCGCAGGAAGGGCCCUACUGAAAGUGACGGUAUGUUGAGCAUGACCGUGAAUCUCAUAUACACGCGGCGGGUCCCUUCAACAUAUGAAAUGUUACUCAAGGAAGCACUUGGAAUGUAUCGUGACCUGGCCUGUCUUGCACGGGUCCGAGGCACUUGCCAUGUUCAGCGGAACACUCUUCCUUGGCAUAUUGCUACCGCCGUGAGAGGCCAGGAGAUAUUGAGCUAUAUUCUGUGAAUGGGUGGAUUUAUGUAAGUAUAGACUUUGCAUGGGAGCAUCGUGGCGUUCAGGUUGUUUCUUUGCUUCUAUAGAGAUAUUCACUCUGGUUAUUUUCUCUGGAUUUAUUGUACAUAGAAUAUAUACCUCUUUUGCUCUUGUUGCCUGGUGCAGACUGAAUAGUAUUUCUUUUGUUAAUAUAAAGUAGAACUAGUUAUUUCCCCUUGCUAGGGAAUGAUAUAUAGCUGUUCUUAGAAUUGAAGACUGCUGGGCGUGGUAAUACCCAAG